AUGAGACAAAAAUCUCGCACAGUCCACGAAGGAAUAUAAAAUACCUUAUAAAGUGUCGAUUACAACGAGUGCAUAUACUAAUGUAUUCUCACGAAGAAAAAGUUUAUUGGUAAGAGUCCAAGGUAUAUCUACUUAUUUAAGAAUCACAUUUGUAUUGGAAAAUCUCCGAAGGUGCAAAUUCCUGAGAGAUAAUUCGUAAUUAAUACGGACACUCGAAUUCAGUGGCAAUACUCGAAAAGCAAUCUUAAGUCAAUAACCUUUUAAGUAGGGAGUCAUUCAUAUGAAUACUUCGGAAGCAAUGAAUAACUAAGAGAAAUCAAAUAAAAGCUUGCUUUGUAUGCAUUUCAAAUGAAAAUACAGGAUGAAUACUAGGCUGAAUCCGUUUUAGGCAAGGGUUCUUAUGCCACUGUGCUUGAACUCACCAAUUUGUCCAAUAAAUAAUAAUUUGCGGCCAAAUGCAUAGAUUAAUAAAAAAUAAAUGAAAAAAAAAAUGGGCAUCGUCAAUUGAUGCAAGAAGUAGAGACCAUGCGCAUCCUCUCUGAACACAAACACCAGAACAUCCUCUAAUUGCAUGAAUUAUACAUUGGGAAUUAGAACUAUUACUUAGUUAUGGAACUAGCCAAGGGUGGGUCUCUGUUAUCACUAAUGAAAAAGAGAUCCACCUUGUUUAGUAGGAAUGACAUUAGAAUAAUCAUGAGGUAACUACUAGAAGGACUGGAAUUCAUACAUUCCUUCAAUAUUAUGCAUAGAGAUCUAAAACCAGAGAAUAUUUUAUUCAUGUCAAAAGAUUUGGAAUCCCUCAAGAUUGCUGACUUUGGAUUGGCAUAAUCAUGUGAUUAACAUCCUUACACCUAUCCUAAAUGUGGUACACCUGGGUUUGUGGCUCCAGAGAUUCUGGAGUCAGACUCAGAAUUUGCUAGAUAUUCAACUGUUUGUGACAUCUUCAGUGCUGGUGUCAUCCUUUAUGUUUUAUUAGUUGGAGAACCACUAUUUGAAAAGAAAGAUAGAAGAGAAUAAUUGGAAUUAAAUAGAAGAUGUGAAAUUAAUUUCUAAAGAUUCUCAUAAGAUUAAUUGGAUGAUGUGGAAAGAGAUCUGAUGUCCAAAAUGUUGGCCAAAAAUCCAAAUCAUAGAUGGAAGGCAACCGAAUUACUUAAACACAAAUUCUUUGUACCAUCUGAUGAUCAAAUUGAAAAUGAAAUAGAUUAUCCUAAAUAAGUUAAUAUGGCUAUACUUAAAAAAUCAGCUAUGCCAACCUUUUCAAAAAAUCCCUUCAUGUAAUCUAUGACCAGAGACAAAGCAUUGACUACGAGAGAGCAAAGUUAAACCCUUGUAAUGAGACCUAAAAAUUGCACACUAGUUAUGUAGACCAAUCUACAAUUUGAUAAAUCAUCACAAGAACAAAUUAAUCCACUUGAAAAACUUACCAAUUUCAUUGGUUCUUUUAAUUUAAUUAAGGAUGAAAUAAAUUAAUGA